UUAGUCAUGGUAUUAGAAUUUUUCUUUUUAUAAUGAGUAUUUUGCAAAAGCCAAAUUGUUACAAAAGCUAUGCACAUUUGAUUAGAUCUCUACAAAUUAAGACUUAAUAAGUCAUUCGUGCUUCGACCGAGAAACGGAUGAACAUGCAAACCGUGGUAGAGAAACACUUAUCAAAUGCGAUAUUAAUUACGGGAAAUUAAAUUAGACGCCCUUGUGAAAAUAAAUUUUAAAUAGCGUAUGAAGCCCUCUCUGCUCUAAUUUAAAACAUAUCUCCAUAAAAGAUUAAGAAAAAUAGGAUAGGGCUACUUUGCUUUUUCAACAUAUACAAUGCACAUUCGCUAUAUCACCACCAGCUCUUGUUGUCAAACUUCAACAUGUUCAAGUCCAGCAAGCCAGAAAUACUGUUACAUGUAUUAUCACUGGUUUUAAGAAACAGAAGACAUUAUAUAAGAUUAACCCUAGAUAACAUGCGAUUUUUGUCGAAUUUUCGGGUAGGUUAGAUCACACACGUGCUUCAAUGGAAGUGACAUCGAAGCUUUGAAAUUCAUAAUAAUUAAAGAAACAUCUUAAACAAAACUCGAAUUCUGAGAAACUCUUUUCCGUUCUUUUUAAAAGAGAGAAGUGUUAUUUCAUAUUAAAAUGAAAUUCAUGCAUGAUCAUAAAAACCUUUAAAUUUAGAGGUCGAAAAACAUAAUGUAAGGAUAUUUACAGUUCAAUUAAGCUUUAAGACGUUGCCUUGCGUAUAAUUGCUUAUUAUGGACAAUGCAUUAUCUCCUAUUAAGGACAUAUGCAAGGUUCCUUACCUAAUGAUAGUUUUUCAAGAUAUUCUUAAUUUAAACUUAUAAUACCAUUACAUGUUCUUAGACAAAAAAUUAGCAUAUACUUUACGUGCCAAAAGUGGAAUUGCAUUAUCCCCCAAAACAGUCACAAAUGGUUGGGCAUCUUAUGGUGUGACUGAGAAACCUGAAGUCAGAGCGGAAUCUGGUGUAACGGCGACGCAAGCACUCACAAGUAUUCCGAUUAUUGAAAAUUCAGCAACAUUAGGGAUAACCUUGGAAGAUGAUUCUUCAAAUAAAACAUUUCUAGACAGUUAUAUGUAUAUAAUUAUUGGUGUAUGUGCUUUUGAGGCCAUAUUGGUAAUUAUCGGAGUGGUUGUGGGAAAGAGAUUUUGUUCAAGUGCGUCAAAAAAGUCUCGACCAGGAACGACUGUAACUGAUGAAUUAAUGGCUGCAUCGAUAGAAAACUGUGCUCACAAUGUCUACGAAUCGAUUCCUCUGGAACAUUUCAAUUCAAAUGACGUCAAAGAAAUUGACGAAGGUGUUUAUGUAGAAUAUCCUGAUAAUGUCUAUGACCGUUCAUUUGUCCGUAGAACUCACGCCUUCCAAAACAACGUGUACGAGACAAAUGAAGCCAUCUACAACGUGUCAUUUUCAAAGCGAGACAAUGACAUUUUACACGGUUCUAAUAUUUAUCAACCCUGUGAAUUGACAACAUUCUUGAAGCAAGAAGAAAAUUGUGAAAUGAAAUACUAACCUUGAAGUUGUGAAAAAAAAGAAACUAAAGGUUAUGAGAACAUAAGAUUUAAAGUCUUAAACAAAGCAGUUAAGAACAUUUAUGCGCCUUGUAAAAAUAAAAUUUAUUGUUUUAUAUUCACAGCUUUGUGAUUGAAAGCUAAAUGUGGUCAACUGUGUUUAAAUUUGCAUUUAAAUAUAAAUAAAUGAUAUAGUUUAUGUC